AUGACGCAGCACGACGACACGCUCGCCCUCCCCCGCAUCCUCUGCCUCCACGGCGGCGGCGUCAACGGCACCGUCUUCCGGCUGCAGUGCCGCGCCCUCGUGGCGGCGCUGUCGGGCACUUUUCGGCUCGUCUUCGCCGACGCGCCCUACGACUCGGAUGCGCACGAGGCCAUCGUCGGCGUCUACGGCGACUUUGGGCCCUUUUACCGCUGGCUGCGCUGGCGGCCCGACCACGCCGAGGUUCCGCCCGCCGAAGCGGCCGACCGGAUCGUGGGUGCGUGCCGGAGGGCCAUGGAGGCCGACGGCGGCGCGGGCGAGUGGGCCGGCAUCCUCGGCUUCUCGCAGGGCGCCAAGAUUGCCGUCAGCCUGCUGUGGGCGCAGGAGAGGUCGGAUCGGCGGCCGCUGCCGGCGCGCUUCCGCUUCGGCGUCGUCAUGGCCGGAAGCCCGCCCGUCGUCGCCCUCUCCCCGUCGGGCGACGAACCGCCGCCGCGGCACGUGGCCGACGCGGCGCACCCGAGCAUGGACUUUGACGACUGGCCCGGCGACGGCGACGGCGAGCACGCCAUCGGCACGCCGACGCUCCACGUGCACGGCCUGCUCGACGCCGGCCUCGAGCGGCACCGACGGCUCAUGGCGACGUACUGCCGGCCUGGCACGACGCGACUCGUCGAGUGGCAGGGCGGCCACCGGCUGCCCAUCAAGACGGUCGACGUCGAGGCCAUCAAGACGGAAAUGAUGGCGCUCGCAUCGGAGACGGGGGGGAUCUGA